AGGAAGCCCAAAUUUGUUGUGGAAAAUAUGUCAGCGGAGCAGUGCAGUGUAUGAAAUGAACACCAAACCUGUCAAGUAGAACAUUAAAAUGGAAGCAAAUAACGGGACAGAUUUACCAGAUGAUGGUUCAAGACAACAGAGACAUGUCAGGCAAGCUAGUGCCACAAGUGUCGAUGGAGUAAAUCAUGGCGUUCCCAUUCCCAUCCCCGUGAUCGUGAAUGACCAGAGACAAGCUCGGGCAGGGAAUACGGGCGCAGCGAGCAGACGGGCUCCACCCUCGGCUAACCCGGCCGCAGAAGUGCCGCUUCAAGUCACGACGCUCGCGACGUCAUCUGGUGGUAGCGACACCUUAAAAAGUCAGUCAGGAAAAGGCCCUCGGGAAGAGAACAGUAAACUUUCCCAACCAGAGGAGAUCCCCUUACUCCUGGGUGAAAGAAUCGAAGGCAUAGCCAAGGAUGUGACCUACCUGUGCCCUUUCAUCGGCCCCAGCCGUGGCACCCUCACCAUCACCAACUACAAGCUCUACUUCAAGGGUGGAGAUAGGGAGCCCCCAUUCAUUCUAGAUGUACCUCUUGGUGCUGUGUAUAGAGUAGAAAAGGUCGGUGGUUCUACGAGCAGGGGAGAAAACUCAUACGGCUUAGAGGUUUUCUGUAAGGAUAUGAGGAACUUGAGGUUUGCUCACAAGCAAGAGAAUCACUCCAGAAGACUAGUCUACGAGAAAGUACAAACCUAUGCAUUUCCAGUCUCAAAUAAAUUGCCCUUCUUUGCCUUUGAAUACAAGGAGUAUUACAAUGAGAAUGGAUGGGCAGUCUUUGAUCCUGUGGCUGAGUAUAAGAGACAGGGUCUACCGACUGAGAGCUGGCGAAUCUCCAGAAUCAAUGAGAAUUUUACCUUCUGUGACACAUACCCCGCUGUUCUUGCCAUACCAGCAGCAGCAGAUGAUGAACUCCUUAGACAAGUGGCUGCUUUCAGAAGUAGGAACAGAUUACCAAUCAUGUCAUGGCUACACCCUCAGAGCCAGGCUACCAUCACAAGAUGCAGUCAGCCCCUGGUUGGGGUCGGGGGUAAGAGAAGCAAAGAGGAUGAGAAGUAUGUCCAGAUGAUCCUAGAUGCCAAUGCUCAGUCCCACAAACUGGUUAUCAUGGAUGCCAGGCCGACAGUCAAUGCAGUCGCAAAUAAGGCUAAGGGAGGUGGUUAUGAGAAUGAGGACACCUACCAAAAUGCUGAGAUUUGCUUCUUGGAUAUUCACAACAUACACGUCAUGAGAGAGAGCUUACGUAAGCUGAAGGAUAUCUGUUUUCCUAGCAUCGAUGAGCAUCAUUGGCUUGCUAACCUAGAAGCUACACACUGGUUGGAACAUGUUAAGAUGGUUUUAGCUGGCGCUGUCCGAAUCGCUGAGCGUGUCGAGGGCCAGAAGACGUCCGUGGUGGUCCAUUGCAGUGAUGGUUGGGACAGGACGGCCCAGCUGACAGCCCUGGCCAUGCUACUCCUAGAUCCUUACUAUCGUACCAUCAGGGGCUUUGAGGUGCUCAUUGAGAAGGAAUGGUUGGCUUGUGGACACAAGAUGGCACAGCGUCAUGGGCAUGGAGACAAGAACUACACAGAUGCAGACAGGUCUCCCAUCUUCCAGCAAUUCAUUGACUGUGUAUGGCAGGUCACAAGACAGUUCCCUAAUGCUUUUGAAUUCAACGAACAUUUCCUGAUCACCAUACUGGACCACCUGUACAGCUGUCUCUUUGGAACGUUCCUCUUUAACUGUGAGAGGGAAAGAGUUAAGGAGCAAGUGAAGACGAAGACCGUUUCCCUCUGGUCCUACAUCAACAGCAGCAUGGAAGAGUUCAUCAACCCCAUGUAUGCCAGCUACAUGCAUCAACAUGUGCUCUUCCCCGUGGCCAGCAUGAGGAGGAUUGAACUGUGGACUUCCUACUACAUCAGAUGGAACCCACGGAUGAAACCACAGGAGCCAGUACACCAGAGGAACAAGGAGCUCCUGGAGCUGAGAACCCAGCUCCAGCGACAGGUGGAGGAGCUACAGAAGGAGAUUGAGGCCAGGGAUCUAGGGCUCCAGUCCACUCCAGGUGGAACGGCCUCGCCCCCAAAGAUCACAAGUCCUGUCAAUGCCUAAGGGUUAGGGUUGAUCCAACACAUGCUCCAGCAACAUUUGCUCCUGGCUUAAUUUUUCUAAGGUACAGUCAAACCUGCUUUAGUGACCACCUGUCUACAAAGACUACAUUUGUUGUUUCCCUUGAAAAUGGUUUCUCAUUGAAACAUGCUCUGAAGGAACCUGUCUACAAAGACCAUUUUUUGUGUUUCCCUUGGGUGGUCGCUAUAGACAGGUUUGACUGUAUAGGGCUUCAGGGUAGUGAUUGGGUUUAGUUUUGUUUCAUGCUAAGGGUUAAGGAUACAUAUAAUGAUGGGACCAGGGUUAAAAUGAGAAAUGCUUUUACUGUUAGAAAUUGACCACUGAGCAAUUGUGGCUAGAGCAACUGUCGUACAACCGGUUUCAACUUGUCCUCAAGAGAUAAACUCUUUUCACAGUCUCUGUUCAUGUAUAAAAAAGCUAUAGCCAUACAUCUUCUUGUUCAGAUUAUUUGUGUGUAUCAUUUGUACGAUGUCUCAGGUUUUACCUUCAGAAUAUAUUUAAGUCCUUUAGGAAACAGAAAGCUGUUACGAAAACCUGUUGUUCAAUUGAAAAGAAUAUGUGCUACAGUAAAUAGUGAAGGUUGUACAUGAGAAGUCAAACGAAACCAAUGUUUCAUUUCAUAAGCCUUUACUGGUUUGUGUAUUGUUCCAUUGAAGUAGAUGUUUGGGCAAACCUGGGAGUUUGUGUUUGAAAUUGGAACUCUUGCGUCUUGGAUCAGCUUCAAUAUUAAGCAGGUUUGAAGAUGUACCUCUCGAUGGAAACAGAGAGUCGAUCAUUAUCAAAGGUGAGGAAAGGGGUUUAUCCAAAAUGCUACCCCAAUUUUCUAUCUUAUGAGGCAAAGCAAGCAAAUUGCAAACUUGUACAUAAACUUUUCCAUAUUUCAUUAUGCUACAGCAAAAUUGUGCAUGUGUGCAAACUAGCGUCUUAGGUUCUUUUUGUCACUAUCUUGCAAUAUGUGCGAGACUUUUAAGAUUUCUACUUUUAAUUUUGUCAUAUAUGUCAUAUCCAAGCUUUGUGAUGUAAAUGAUUAAUGCCUUUAUAGAAAAAAAUACAAACAUAGUUAUUUGGAGAUUCACUUAUUGUGGAAAGACAAUUUAUAUCUGUAAUAGAUGUUGUUUAAUUGGAGUUUGAGGUAUCAACUAACGGUAUCUAAUACCAUACUGUAUACAUCUUCCAUUAUGUAUAGUUAUUGCUAAGCCAGACAUACCCUAGCAGUGCCCUAGUUGCACCCAGAGGUUCUUAAUCUUUGCACCAACGAUGACAUUAUCUGUCCGAUCAUGUUGAUGUGUCCAUGUAGGUCCCUUCUUUGUAUUAGAUGUGCAGUAUUUUAAUCAUAGACCGAGAAGAAAAUUUAGGUCCAUAGAAUUCUUUGAGCUUGAUCUCUAUCAAAAGUGUUACCUCUAAUUUUCGCCGACUACGGAACUUAGUUUCUUUCAGAACCUCAAUCUUCUAGUUCAUCUACUGUUUAAGCAAGGAAUUAUGUUCCCUUUUUUUAGCAUUUUGGGCAUCAAAUUAAUUGCACUUAUUGAUAGUUAUUUCAGAGAAUUUGUGCUUGUAAUGAUAUUAGUGAGUAUGAUUUAUAUUCAUGUAUCCAAAUUAAUGUAAAAGUAUUUAUUUAUCUGUGACUUUGUAUACAUGCAUGUUCAUGAUGAACUCUUUUUGUUACAUAUAUAUACUUCAACAUUUUGUAUUUCCUUUUUUUUCAUGUAACAACACAUAUGUAGAAUGUUGGGUUCUUAACUUAUGAUAAAAGCAGUAAAUCAGUUGAAGGUGAUUGUACAUAUGCACCUUGUUAAUGUUAUGUGCAAUAUAAAUUAACUCUUCUUUACGCUUUUAGACCCCAAAGCAGACCGCAAAGGACCUUGUACCAUUCAUAUACAGUGCGACCCAGAAAAAAAUGAAACCGAGAAUUAUAGAUGAGUUAUCAUAACUUAAUCACAAUUUUGAUUAAUGAAUUACGCAUGAGUGAUUAAAAACAAUUUGAAGAAAGGGUACCAUCAUUUUCUGCCCAUUCAUAAGACUCCUAAAUGGUGGAAAAAGAGCCAGGAAUAUUUCCGUUUGCUUGAAUUUUCAUAACUUCGUGUAUGGCUGAUCGUCACCGAAACAGAGUUUGUUGCUAAUUUGUUAUUCCUGGCUCAUUUUCUCUGAUUGAGAAGUCGUAUGAAAGGGCAGAAAAUGAACUUUCUCGAAAUGCCUUUUUGAUACCCUUUCUUUAAAAUGUUUUUAAUCGUGAAUGGAUGUAUUUUUUUUACUAUGAAUGGUAAAAGGGUGUAAGAGACAGAAAUACUAAAACAAGGAAUUUCAAUAAGAAUUCUUUAUUAUCAAGGUAUUAAUGUACAUCAAACGCCCUUCAACUUUCCAGCUCGAGAAUGGCAUAGCGUAUUGCUAAAUGAGUGGAGAGUGCAAUCCCUGGCAAUACACCAGUUUACGGUUAUGGGUGCCAUCCUGGUUUACGCGUAAACUGACUCUAGAGGUCGGGGGUUUGUUUACCCUCAAGUUAAAAUGGCGCGAGCAAAUCAUUUGUGUACGAUUACAAAUUCAUGUUGACUUUUGUAUACACCAUAUCAUAAAAUAAAUUAUUUUUUAAUUACUUUUGUUCUACCUGCUAAGCUCCACCCCAAAAAAACCCUCCAAAAGCAAAUGACUUUUGUCGGCUAGAUGAACAAAAGACCUUAUUGCACGUUUUCAUACAAUAGCUGAUUGAAACCCUUUUCUUCAUGUUGUUGCUUGGCACUAUGUUUGAGGCAGUUGAUGGGAAGGGACAUACAAAUUUCUUUUGUUCAUCUAGCUGACUGGCAUGAUGUCACAAAAGUCAUUUGCUUUUGGAGGUUUUUUUUUUACGGGUAGAGCUUAGCAGAUAGAACAAAAAUGACAUUAAAGAUCAACAUGAAUUUUUGAAUGGAACAAUUCAUAUUGCUGCACUUCACAGUAAUUAACUUUGAUUAUACACAUGUACUUAUUACAAUAAAACAUGGUUCAAAUAAUUAAAUACAUGAUUACAUUUAACUCUUAUCAUUACAGAAUUAAUACAUCUUUGGUCCGAUGCUUUUCAAAUUAAAAAUGGAUAUGAUUUCAUCUCAAACUUCAAGCACUGCAUGUCUCGUGUCUGUAAAUGUGUAAAUUCUAAUGAAUGUGAAACAUUUGUACAUUUGUAGAAUAGAACACUUCAUGAUCCAACAAUAAAAUGCUACGAUGGAAUUGGAA